AUGCUUAACCUAUCGAUAUAUUUUGCCAUCUUUAAGCGUGUUUGUUAUUUUAAUUGUCCACUUUAUUUUGAUUACAAAAUGCAUUUAAAAGUUGUUUACGUCACCGUAGGCACCACAAAAUUCGAUGCACUCAUUAAUGUAAUGACGUCAGAGGAGGCUUUGUGCGCACUGCAAAAGCACAAAUGCCAGAAACUUGUAUUGCAACAUGGCAACUCGACGCCGGUGUCGGCAACAAAUCUUUCGCAAAUCAAUAACAAAUACGGCAUUCAAGUGGAGCAAUACAAGUUUCGACCAAACGGGGAGGAUAUCAAGGCUGCCGAUGUGAUCAUUGGACAUGCGGGCGCUGGCACCUGCAUGGACAUAUUGAGCAACGGCAAGCCGGGUCUGAUUGUCGUCAACGACGAACUGAUGGACAAUCAUCAGCUGGAAUUGGCACGUCAAUUGGCAUCCGAGCGAUAUUUGUACUACUGCCGGGUUAACGAGGUGAGCGGCAAAAUUGCCACUUUGGACUUUGAUGCUCUGCAGCCCUACGAGCCGGCCACAGAGAAUAUGCAAAAGUUUGUCAACGCAUUAAACGAACUGAUGACCCAUUAGCAUAUUGCAAA